CUGCUCAGCCCCCAAAGCCCUGCGUCUGUGAGUGUCAAGCACAGGCGCACACAAUCACCAGGGGGGACUGUGGGGGUUACCAGAGUGUGUGUCCAACUCACACUCUCAAGCGCUUCCACAAACACACACAGAAACGGCCAGGCAGAGUGGGGACAAGUGCAGCCAGACAGAAACAGAGACAUCGAGAGAGAGAGAAACAUCGCUCCGUCCCCUGCUCUUAGUUCAUGGAGUCGGGUUCUUUGGCUGCCAUGCUGGGGGGCACUGCGGAGGACAGCCAGGCCGCCCUGGCACGCCUUGAGCGCACCAUGAUGUCCCUGGUGCGGGAGAUCCACGUGGACGUGGGCACCUUCAAGCGCACGGUGGAGCGCCGGCUGGAGGAGGCCUGCGCAGCCAGCGGGCCCCUGCAGGAUUUGGUGGCCCAGCUGCAGGAUGAGAACCGCGACAUCCGCAACAGGCUGGACGAGCUCACUCAGCAGGUGGAGGCCAUGCCAGUGCUUCGCCUCGAGCAGAAGGUCCCCAAGAUGAACGGAGCUGCUCCACAGCCGCCACCGCAGCAGCCUGAGCCCCAGCCAGAGCCUGUGGCACAGCUGCAGUCCAGUGCGACCAUGCACUCCUCCACCCUUUCUUUCUCCUCCUCCAGCCAACAGCACAUGGAAGAAAGCCACCAGAGCCUGGCGACCCACUCGGAAGCCAUGAGGAGCUCCGUGGUGCUCUCCCCAAGAAGCAUGAGCACCACUAUGGAGCUGGAGCUCCCAUACCAACAGCAACAUCAGCCAAUGCUUGCCGAUCAGCAGCAGCAGUCGAACCCCCCUGCUGAUCAGUCCCCCCCUGGUCCUGGUCCUACCCCUGGUGAUUUCACUGCCGCUUCCGACUCCCCUCCUAGUUCUCUCACAAUGCCAAUCAGCGGAUCUGGCUACGGAUCUACCACCUAUGGCCACACCGCUGGUUCUCUCCACAAUUCUGUUUCUGGUUCUCUCUACAAUCUCUCCACCGCCAGCUCUGUCCAUGGAUCUACUGCUGGUGGUAUGUAUGGCUCCGCGGCUGGUUCUGUCUGCCAUUCUACCACUGGUUCCCUCUACGAGUCUAAUGCAGGUUCUGUCUACGAAUCCACUGCAGAUUUGCAUGAAUCUGUCAUUGAGUCCCAUGGUUCCACAACAGCCAGCCGCAGAUUUUCUUCAACCUCCGAUUCUGUGUUGAAGUCAGCCACUGUUUCUGCUCAAGAAUCAAUGACCGGUCUUCUCAGCCCCACCUCUGGAUCUGGGCACGAGGCCUUGUUUUCCAAAAGCACACCCUCCUCCGGAUACGGAUCUGAUAUUAUCCACGACUCCGACAGUGGUUCUGUGGCAACCACCUCGUAUGCCACACAACUGGUCUCCAACGCAGAGAGCAGAGUCUACGCAAAGACGAAUGGAAUGUACCAUGAAGAAGCAUCCUCAAAAGUGGAGACUAUAUCCCAGAAUGGACUCGAAGGAGACAUAAUUCACUCACAGACCAUGGGAGAACCCCAAUAUGCAAGGUCAAGAGUCAACGGACACCACGAAUCCCCAACAACCUUACACAAAGCCCAGGCUCCCAUCAUUGCCACCAGCAGACCUGCCGACCUGUCUGUGCCCAGGAGCCCAAAACUGGUGCCACGCCCAAACCUCUUCACACCUCAGUCUCCCAACUCCAUGUCACGCAAGCCAUUCAACCCGACCGCCCCUGAUGCCAGCCCCACCUCAGCCUCUACUAAACCACUUCCUGAGUCUCCUGUUAAAACCCCAUCACCCAGUUCAGCACCCUGGAAGACGUUCAGCCAGCCUGAGCCUGAGGCUCCUGUAGCUAUCGUUAAAACAGUUCCCGAGUCUCCCAUCCAAGCCCCAUCGCCCAGUGUAGCACCCUGGAAGACAUUCAGUCAGCCAGACCCCGAGGCCCCUGUAACUGCCCCUAUACUCGUUUCUGAAUCUGAGACUAAAAGCCCAUCACCGCCCACCUCAUUGCCAUGGAAAACGUUCAGUCCACCAGUUCCUGAACCUCCUGUUGCUGCCCUAAAACAGGUUCCUGAGUCUCCUGUUAAAACCCCAUCGCCUCCCACCUCACUGCCAUGGAGACAAUUUUCCCCAUCUAUGCCAGAGGCUCCUGUUACUGCAACUAGACCAGUUCCGGAGUCCCACAUCAAAUCCCCAUCCCCCAGCCUAGCACCUUGGAAGACAUUCAGUCCACCUCCAGUGCCUGGAUCUCCUGUUAUUGCCCCUAAACCCGUUCCCGAGUCUCCUGUUAAAACUCCAUCGCCUCCCACCUCAUUGCCAUGGAAACAAUUUGCCCCGUCUAUGCCAGAGGCUCCUGUUACUGCCAUUAGACCAGUUCCUGAGUCCCACAUCAAAUCCCCAUCGCCCAGCCUAGCACCUUGGAAGACCUUCAGUCCACCUCCAGUGCCUGGUUCUCCUGUUGCUGCCAAUAGACAGGUUCCUCAGUCUCCCGUCAAAACUCCAUCACCACCCACCUCGCAGCCGUGGAGACCAUACAACGCAGCAGCUUCUGAUGCUUGCAUUGCCAUGACCAGGACGAUGCCUGAGUCUCAGUCUAAACCCGGAAGACCAUGGAGCCCAGGGCUCAUGAAACGAAACACAGCAGGUUUGCAAAGAAACACAGGUUUGCCAGAAAAAACAAUGCUAUCCCCAAGUCCGGUACCCUUGCCCAACCUCAGCCCAUCAGUAGAUAAACGGUCAAAUUUUGGAAGUGGAAAUAUUUAUGCCGCCACUUCAGAGAAGAAGCCAGAGCUGACCCGGUCUCAGACUCUACCAGUGCUGCGGCCCUCAGGGGUCCAGGCCAAGCAGGCCCUCUUCGAGAAGUGCAGCGCUUCUUCGGGGGUUCAUGCUAAGCAGGCCCUCUUCGAGAAGGGCUCUACUUCUUCGGGGGUGCAAUCUAAGCAGUCCCUCUUUGAGAAGCGCUCUACUUCUUUGAGGGUGCAAUCUAAGGAGACCCUCUUUGACAAGAACUCCACUUUUUCGGGGGCGCAAUCUAAGCAGUCCCUCUUUGAGAAGUGCACCGCUUCUCUUACCAAAGGGAAACCUGUGGAUUCCAAACCUAAAUUGAGCCGCUCACAGAGCUUUGGCGGCAGUGCCAGCAGUAUAAAAGCAACUUUAUUGGAGUGGUGUAAAUCUAAAACCAUCGGAUAUCAGCACAUCGACAUACAGAACUUCUCGUCCAGUUGGAGUGAUGGGAUGGCGUUCUGUGCUCUCAUCCACUCCUUCUUCCCUACGGAGUUUGACUACCAUGCCCUGAACCCCGCCAAUGCCAGGCAGAAUCUGGAGGUGGCGUUCAGCCUGGGAGAGAGACUGACUGACUGUUUACGCCUGAUCGAGGUGGAUGACAUGCUGGCCAUGGGGCCUCGGCCUGAUCCCAUGUGUGUGUUUACCUACGUGCAGUCCUUGUACAACCAUCUGAAGACAUUUGAAUGAGCUUUUCAAACAGUGGCUGUCUGAGGCCCCUCCUUCAACAUUAAUCUCUGUAUUUUUCCUGCACCAAAGCUCUCGGAAUUGAUCCUUGCACAUCCAAUCUCUACAAGGAGAUAACCUUGUAAAUAGAAAUCCAGUGUUUUUUUGCAGAUGGCAACGCUUAUGGUGUUAUUGUGGAAUACAUCAUUGUAUUUGAUAUGAAGACGGUAUUUUCUGUUCUACUCAAAAGAGAUUUGCAGUUGGUAGGGUGGAUCUAAUAGCAAAUCACCAGUAUCUAUGAUGGCGACUGAUGGUUGAGGAAGAAAAGAUAAAAAGUAAAGCUGGUGAGGAUACAUGGAAAACAGUGUUGAGAUGAAGUAGAUAAAGGUGUUGAUGAUCGACAGAACAGAUAAGAUGGAGAACAUGGAAAGAUGACCAUAGACUAAAUGGAAGAGGACUGUAUAAGACUUAAUAUACAGUUCAGUAUAGAUUUGCAUUAGUCACUGUUUUAUUACAGUCUACUUAAUACUUAAUAAUAAAAGUCUGGUGCAUUUUGUGUCAAUGUACUGUUUUUCCAAAAAACACAUUUCCCAAAUAAAGCACUGAACACCGCGUUUUAA